AUGGCUCCUGAUCUCAACACUAUGCCACUGUCGCCUCGAUCACCUGAUCUAGAUCGUCCGAUUCAAAUCCCGAACGGACAAACAUCGUCGGCCACACCCUCACGUAGAACAUCCCGAGUUAUGGGCCCUCCACCAGCUCCCGCUCCGGGCACGACCUCGAAUCUUGCUCCCCAGACACAACCACCACUACGUAAUCCCAUGAGCAGUGAUGGGGUGGAUGUACCGCUCCGACAUCCACGGCCACUCACGGCGGCAGAGUUAUAUCUGGAGUGUGAGAAAGAGCAGGAAGCAGUGGUCAACCGCCUCACACGCGAGCUCACAGCCCUACGAGCACAAUCCGCUUCCGUGGCUAGCAAUGCCUCUCACUCCUCAACCUCCACCACCGCCUCGCUCCUUCCCAUCGACAUCUCAGAUCCAAACCCCAACCACCAGAUGACUGGCCCAACUCACCCGACACCCUCUAGAAGACACCGCUCCUCCUCUUCCGUCAGCGGAAGAAGCAUACCCACCCCAUCGACAAGCGUCUCAGCACCAGGCAGCGGCAUCGCCCAAGCAGGCAGCACAGCAAGCGUGCCCAUCGCAGGCCAAUCCCAAGCUUCCGCCGACCGAGCAGCAGCAGCAGCAGGAGGCUCCACCUUAAGCCGCCAGCCCUCCGUCUCCGCCUCCGGCGCAUCGACACCCGCCCGUCAAUCCCUAGACAUUACACGCCACCACGGCGGCCCACCAUCCGCAACCCUUUACACGCUCCCACACCGGCCCUCCCUGUCGCGGGAAACAUCGCACGUCUCAACCGUAAACCCAUCAUCAUCCACUCAAGCCAUCGCCGCCACACCAGUCCCGCAAACCAACCCCUCACCAGCACCACAAUCACCAAGCGCAAGUGUGAAUUCAGCCAUGCAACACUACGCCGACACAGCCGCCUACCGCACGGAAAUGGAGAUCGUGAAAGCGGAAAACGAUAUGCUACGCCAACGCGUCCGAGCACUAGAACGCGCCUUACGGACGCGAAGACGCGAUAGCAGUCAGAGUGAUGUCACGCGUUCCGAACUCUCGAGUAGAGUACCUAGUGCCGCCGGUACGGGUGGGAAUACAGCUAUCCAUGCUAGUCCAGCUGCUGUGGCUGCAUGGGCAGGUGGUGUAGGUGGUGUGGCGGGACCGAGGGAGAGGAGCGAGAGUCAGAGUACGACUGCUAGUAGUCGGCGGGGACCGGCUGUGGAUGAGGAGGUGAGGGUGGGGGAGAGUGCUCAGAGCGCUGGGAUUGGUGGGAGGGGCUAA